AGCACACUGCCGCACCACCCUCCAUCAGAAACCCCCAGGGCCUCCGAGGCUGGUGCAGACUCCAGCCCCGGAAAGCAAGCCGGGAGAAUGGCAGUGCCCUGGGAGGAAUAUUUCCGACCGGCCUUGCAAGAGAAACUGCCGACGAAGAUCCCCCAGCAGAAUGCAGACCAAUUCCCGCCGGUGCUGCGUCUCCUGGAGAAGAGGCAGGAGCUGGCAGAUGCGGACCAGGACCUGCGGGCCCAGAAGGAGGUGUUCCAGACCACGAUGGCAGCCCUGAAACAGCGCUGGGAACAGCUGGAACAGAAGCAGCGGGAGCUGAAAGGGUCCUUUGUCCGCUUUGACAAGUUUUUGCAGGACUCCGAGGCCCGGCGCAGCCGCGCGCUGCGGGGGGCGGCAGAGGAGCGGCACCGCGCGGGCCGCCAGGAGGCCGAGGCGCUGCGGCUGCGGAUCCAGCUGCAAGAGCUGCAGCGGGAGCGCGCGCGGCUGCAGCGCCGGCGGGAGCGCCUGGAGCCCUGCGCGCGCCUGCUGGGGCACGUGCUGGAGCAGCUGCCCGAGUUCCAGGAGGUCCCCGAGCUGGUGGCGCGCUUCAGCGGCCUGGCCGACAUGCGGGAGGCGCUGAGGCUCACGGCGCGCCGGCGGCUCGCCGAGCUGGAGGAGGCGCGCGCGCGGCUGCAGCGGCUGCGGGACGCCCGGCAGGACGAGCUGCUCCGGCAGGGCCAGCUCCGAGCGCAGCUGCUGGAGCGCCUGGAGGCGGCGCGGGAGCGCACGCUGCACUGGGAAUCCAAGUGGGUUCAGAUCCAGAACACGGCCGCGGAGAAGACCCUGCUCCUGGGACGCAUUCGGAUGUCAGCGCUCAACCUGUUCCAGCUGGUGUGCCAGCAUCAGAGGCAGCCACCCGCCCUGGACGUCGAGGACACGGAGGGGCAGCUGGAGCAGGUGAAGCUGUUCAUCCUGGACCUCUCCUCCAUGCUGGCCAGCCUCCAUCAGACGGAGCCUGCAGCCUCCUAGUGACGAGUCCACUCCCAGCUGCAGCCCGUCCUGGCAGGAGGAAGGGAGACCGCCUGCCGGCUUUGGGGCUCUCCCACCUCAAGCGACUGACUCGUCCUCUGAGCCUCGUCCUCCUCGUCGGUAGAAUCGGGACCCCAGCUGGGAUCCCAUGGGACUUGCCCAAGUGCUCUCAGCUCCUCCGCCACACCCGCUGGGAUCUUAGUACCUGGGUCUGUCCCGUCUGACUCCUUGAGGAGACUGCACUCUGGAUCCACUAGAGGUGCUCAGU